AUGUAUUCGCAUAUCGACUAUCCCGGUAGCACCGUGACAGCAGUUCACUGCAAAGCCCAAGAAGACCUACCAAUCGUCGAUCGCCUCCUAGAGCCUCAAACAAUCGCCCAUUUCCUCGGCUUUGCCAUCAGCAAUGCCCUCCCAAACGGGACUCAACCCGACGCAUCCGUAAUCCGCCUAAACAGAUCCGAAAUCCCUCAACUCCAAGCAAACUUUCCCCCAAACUCUACCGGGCUAUCAAUUAUAGAUCGCGUCACAAGCCGCAUCGGCUCCGAAGAAGAUAGUGCACGUCUCUGCCUUGUCGGGAAAAACAUCCAUUCCCUAAAAUCCCGGCUAUGGGAAGGAAUUAUUCCAUUAAGCGAUACCCGCUGGAAAGAGAAACAACUAGAUGAGUUGGGAAACUUUGAAUAUGCAUGCCACCAUAUCACGGCAGUGGUUGCUGUCUUCGAGUACCUGAACACACCGAUUGUACGAAAAUACCUGCGUGACACUUACAACCUUAUUUAUGAUCACUGGGUCAGCGCGGAUACGCUGCUUAAUGCGGACAGAGAUCGGGAUGGGUUACCACGUAUCAGUCUUGCGAAAUUAUGGACGCUGUACAUGGCGACCCAUUUCGAGGUCAUGACGCAGCGAGCGCAUGCCUGGGUUACUGCACAUGUGGAGGGGCUUCGGGCUCCGCAGUUACAGGGUUUACUUGAUCAUCAUGUGCCACCUGGGGUGACUGCGCCUGAUCGGUUGCAGUGGAGGUUUAUGGAUAAUCUGCAUGUGUUGUUGGAAACUGGUGUUAAGGCUGAUUCUUUGAUUAUGAUUCCUAUGGCAGGGUAUAAGGGGUAUGCGGAGAUUUAUCCGGAACGAGUUGCUGCGGCUGCGGCUUUGGGUGAGUUGGGUGUUAGUAAUGCCGAGCGAAGGGGGAGAGCUUAUGCGGCGCGUAUGAAGGCGCGAAGUCAUCAGAUUGUGUUUGAUAAUAUGAGACCGUGGAAUAGUGAUGGGAGGGGCCAGGAGGGGCCAUCUGGGGAGAGAUAUCGGCGUUUGGCUUUGGAGCAGAUUCAGGCUCAGAAUGAGGUUAGGGAGUUGAUGCGUGGGGCGGCUAGGCCUUUGCCGAAAGAGUCUUGGAUCAGUUCUUGCCUUGAGUCUAGGGAGAAUGGCGACGCUGAUAAAAAGGUUGACUUUGGGUUGACGAUUUAUCGGCUGACUUAUGGGCAGUCGGAGGCUGAGUGGACCGAGUUUGUUCAGAAGCUUGAGGCGCAUAUUUCCAAUUGGGGAGAUGGGCAGACGGGGUCCCAUAUUCUCAAACCGCGCUUGAAACUCUGUUGGGUUGAUGGAAAGGAACAUGAUAUUGGGGAAGGUGAUGUUGAAGCUGCUAAACGACACUUCCACAAGGCGAAUGAAGAUAGUGGUGAUAACAAAAAUCUACGCAUGCAGGAUAAUGCCUUCAUAGCCAUCGACUCAGCCUCAUUCGCUUCCUACACCACGAAAUCUUACCGAGCGGCUACAUCAAUGGUUCUGGCUGGCGACUUCAGCGGCUUCGUUCUUGCCGUUGACGCAGACUUCGACCCGAAAGUAGGCAUCAGUCGACCCGACGAAUCUCCUGGCUACGCUGGCCAAAUGCGAGUUCUUGGAGGACUCGUCUGGGGUGACUUCUACGCUUCCUUUGCGUCCCAAUCAGCAUUACUAGAAGAUCUAUGGCCCUUGGCAAUAGACCACCCAAACCAGGUAUAUGUUGGUCCAACGACACCAAUGCAGGUCUACGUAUGGAGGAAGCAGAAUGCGGCGCGGUGGAUUCUCCUACGAGAAUUGGUGGAAUAUGCAAAGCGUAAGAUGGGGAUAGCUACAUCAUCAACAUCUGCGUCAACGUCUGCAUCUACACCUAGAGGUCCAUCAUCUUCUGCGAAUGUCUCGAAUGAAGCACCACAGCCGACAUCAACAUCACAAGCAGCGGAGGGCGCUGUUCCACGUCCAGUCGCGGAUCCUGAUCCUAUCAAUGCGCAACUUCGUCAGAUUAUGCUCCGGGAAUUCCAGCGCUAUCUGCGCCGACGUGAUCAACAUGUUCCGGCGGUCAUGGUUGAUGAAAUGUUGGAUACUCCUCAAGGCGCUAAUAUAGAUGUUGAUCGGCUGCGACGGCGAGUGGACGCUGAUUCGGAGAGGCGAGAGCAGCAACAACGGGAUGGGAUAGAUCCGAAUUAUGAGGACGAGGCGGGUGGACUUCCACCGGAUUGUGUUCCACAGUAG